AUCCGUCUUGGGAUCAUGGAGUGCCAGUACCAGUUUCGCAGUGAGCGCUGGAACUGCAGUCUGGAGGGACGGACCAGCCUGCUGAAGCGAGGUUUUAAGGAAACUGCCUUCCUCUAUGCAGUGUCCUCUGCAGCUCUCACCCACUCCUUGGCCAGAGCAUGUAGUGCUGGGCGCAUGGAGCGCUGCACCUGUGAUGACUCCCCAGACCUGGAGAACCGCAAGGCCUGGCAAUGGGGCGUUUGUGGAGACAACCUCAAAUACAGCACCAAGUUCCUGAAGAAAUUCUUGGGUCAGAAGAGGAUUGGCAAAGACCUGCGGGCCAAGGUGGACAUCCACAACACCAAUGUUGGCAUCAAGGCUGUGAAAAACGGUCUCAAAACCACAUGCAAGUGCCAUGGUGUCUCUGGCUCAUGUGCUGUCCGGACAUGCUGGAAGCAGCUUUCACCUUUCCAUGAGAUUGGACGACUGCUGAAGCUGCGCUACGAUGAUGCCAUCAAGGUGUUCAGCACCACCAAUGAUGCUGUGGGACACUCAGAGCUGGCUGGCCCACAGAGACACAGCCAUUCCCCCAAGCACCCCGCUUCACCCCGCUCUACUGACCUGGUGUAUGUGGAAGACUCCCCCAGUUUCUGUCGUCCCAGCAAAUACUCCCUGGGAACUGCUGGGAGGACCUGCUCUCGGGAAGGCAACUGUGACAGCAUGUGCUGUGGACGAGGCUAUAACACCCAGAGCCGGCUGGUUACCUUCUCUUGCCACUGUCAAGUGCAGUGGUGUUGCUAUGUUGAGUGCCAACAGUGCAUGCAGGAAGAGGUGGUCUACAGCUGCAAGCAGUAA